AGCCCACGAGCCGGGUACGACUCUGUCCUUUCCGAAAAAGUAGCUGAAAGGAAUACAGCUCUGGCGGUCAGGUACCUGAACGAAAGCCACCAAAUAAAAAACCCCAAAUAAAGUUACACAAAGGGAACUAAAAGAACCGAAAAUGCCCGCGAAUAAGGAAGGCGACGGCGGAUGGAAGACCUUUCUGUGGAAUUCUGAAAAGAAGGAAUUUUUAGGACGUACCGGCGGCAGUUGGCUUAAAAUCUUCAUCUUUUAUGUAAUCUUCUAUGGCUGCUUGGCUGGAAUUUUCAUUGGCACCAUCCAGGCGAUGCUCUUGACCCUUAGCAACUACAAGCCCACGUACCAGGACAGAGUUGCACCCCCAGGCUUAUCACACACCCCACGCUCCGACAAAGCUGAAAUCUCCUACAGCCUGCAAGAGGAAGACAGUUAUAGGCUAUAUGUAAAAGCCAUGAAAGACCUGCUGGAGCCAUACAAAGACGAAAAGCAGUUGGAUGACAUGAAAUAUGAAGACUGUGGUGAUGCUCCGGCUAAAUACAUUGAACGUGGGGACUUGGAGAGUGACACAGGCGUAAGAAAGGCCUGCCGCUUCAGGAGGUCCUGGCUGGGAGACUGCUCAGGCGUGGAGGACAACAGCUUUGGCUUUAGGGAUGGCAAACCCUGCCUUAUUGUCAAGCUCAACAGGAUUGUCAAUUUCAGACCCAGGCCUCCCAAAACCAAUACCUCGCUCCCUGUGGCUGCUGGUGGGAAGGUUCCACAGUUUCUGAUUCCUAUAUACUGCAGCGGCAAGAAAGAAGAAGAUACUGAAAAAAUCAAAGAGAUUAAGUACUUUGGCUUGGGCCAAGGAUACCCACUGCAGUACUAUCCUUACUAUGGCAAGCUGCUACACCCCGAUUACCUCCAGCCUCUUGUGGGCAUCCAGUUCACCAACAUUACCCAUAAUGAGGAGCUGCGUGUUGAGUGCAAAGUAUACGGAGAUAAUAUUGAUUACAGCGAUAAAGACCGUUAUCAGGGACGUUUUGACCUCAAAAUCAUGGUCAAAUCAUGACCACAGCUAUGAAUAUAGCGCUUUUACUCUGCCCAUUUCAAAACGUAAUAAUUUAGACAGAUGAAAAUGAAAAAAUAAGAGAGUUCAAUAAAAAAAAAAACAAAAAAAACAAACAAACCACGACUAGUCUUGAACAAACUUUCAUAACAUACGGGACCUACACUUAAUCUGUAUGCUUUACACUAGCUUUCUCUGCAUAUGUCUAGGGUUAGAAUGUAAACAUUACAGGAAGAGUAGCAAUAGCAAAGUAUUUAUUCUACUGUAAAUGAGAAUAUUCCUUGAGCCAUGGGACAUGUUCAUUCAUUACUGUAAAUUAUGAUUCCACUACUGAUGUAGCGAGCAGUGUUUCUGUCCCUGAGUAUUUCUGCCUAGUGUGGUCUCGCUCUAUAUUUUUGGAGUGUGCAGUGCAGUAGUCGCAUACAAUGGUCCUUUCCAAGCCAUGUUAUAAUUUCUGUUGUCUUAUGUGAGUCAUUUUAGUGGUCCAAGGUGUGUGUGUGUGUGUGUGUGUGUGUGAGAGAGAGAGAGAAAGAGAGAGUGUGUGUGUAAGUAAAAGUUUGUAUAUGGUUGUGGGUGUGUGUGUUUGUAUUUGUACAAUAUAAAAAAAGAAAAUAGUGGCAUGGUACGCGCUGAUAUCCCCAGGUCCAUAUGUGAGUAAAUGACUGCACUCCAUGGAAUCUUUUUUCUUUCUCUAUUUGACUUAUUUUGUUGAUUGUGGGGAAAGUACUUUUACUUCACUUCUUCUCUUAUUUGAUCAUCUUGCAGUGUGGGAGUUUGGGGUUAAUGACAUUUCUGUAUAAGGCUUUUACUUUCUUUCUCUUCAAGUGUAGAACUGUGUGUAUCUAGUUUGGAGGAUCGGCUCCAUUCUAGAAUGGAGGACUGUUCCUCCCUAUGGUCACCGUGGCAACUCAGUGCUUUAAUUUAAAUUUUUUUUUGUUUUUUUUUUGUUUUUUUUUUUUGUUUUGUUUUUUCUUUUUUUUUGCUGGAGACAUCACAAUGUGGUGUAACUUUCUAAUGAAUGUUUUAGCCAUUUACAUGGUGGAAGAAUUUUAUAUUUAUGCAGUUGUACAAUUUUUUUUCUGCAGGAAAAAGUGUAUUGUAUGAAUCCAGAUACCAAAGUCACUGGUCGGAGUUAGAAACUUUUCAGAUCCAAUGCAGUACCCCAUGUAAUAUGAUGUUUCGUCAAUGUUAAAAGUGCUUAAAAGUCAAUGUUGGACGUAAGAACAUCUGUCAGGAGUUGCAUCUGCUCUUGUCAUUUUAUUUAAUACAGGUAAGGCCUAAACAAAUAAAUGUACAACCAACCUGA